UACAUUCCAGCUUUCUUUCAGUCUUGCAGAUGGGUCAGGGGCUGUGGAGAGUGGCCAGAAACCAGCAGCUACAACAGGAAGGCUACAGUGAACAAGGCUACCUCCCCAGAGAGCAUAGCAGGAGAAUGGCUGUGAGCAGCAUUCCUAAUGCUAAUCAUCGUAAGCAAGUCCAAGGAGGCAUUGACCUGUAUCAUCUUUUGAAGACUAGGAAGUCUAAGGAACAGGAAGGAUUCAUUAAUUUGGAAAUGUUGCCUCCUGAGCUAAGCUUUACAAUUUUGUCCUACCUGAAUGCAACUGACCUUUGCUUGGCGUCGUGUGUUUGGCAGGACCUCGCCAAUGAUGAACUUCUCUGGCAAGGGUUGUGCAAAUCCACUUGGGGUCACUGCUCUAUUCUGUUCAAACAAUUGCCUCUUGGUCUGUCCUACAAAAGCCUAUAUCGAGUUCUAGAAAAGGGAAUUCUAACCUACACCAGCACUCCUGAGAGUGGAGUCAACUACUUUAUGUCCAAGGGUAUCCUAGAUGAUUCAUCAAAGGAAAUAGCAAAAUUUAUCUUCUGCACAAGAACACUAAAUUGGAAAAAACUGAGAAUCUAUCUUGAUGAAAGGAGAGAUGUCUUAGAUGACCUUGUGACACUGCAUAAUUUUAGAAAUCAAUUCUUGCCAAAUGCACUGAGAGAAUUUUUUCGUCAUAUCCAUGCCCCUGAAGAACGUGGAGAAUAUCUUGAAACUCUUAUAACAAAGUUCUCACAUAGGUUCUGUGCUUGUAACCCGGAUUUAAUGAGAGAACUUGGCCUUAGUCCUGAUGCAGUCUAUGUACUGUGCUACUCUUUGAUUCUACUUUCCAUUGACCUCACUAGCCCUCAUGUGAAGAAUAAAAUGUCAAAAAGAGAAUUUAUUCGAAAUACCCGUCGUGCUGCUCAAAACAUUAGUGAAGAUUUUGUAGGGCACCUUUAUGACAACAUCUACCUUAUUGGCCACGUGGCUGCAUAAAAGCACAAUUACUAGGACUUCAUCUUUUAACUUCAAAUGAAAACUACCCAAGGACCUAGUUAGCAGAUAUGGAAGGUACAUCAGUGAUGGUCAGUCUAGCCUCUGUACAAUCAACCUUGAGUGUACAACCUUUUCCUCCUUUCACUACUUUCUUUUUUAGUAAUUUCCUGGGGAACUCAAGGAUUUUACAGAGUUUUUCUUAAUUUUGCUCAUCAUGUUUUGCACAAAGCCGAGCCAUUGCUGACACAACUAUUUAAGGAUGUAAAAGUGACCUUGUACUCGAAAAGGUGGUGUAUUUGUGCAUUCGAUUUGCCUGAAAUUUUAUCUAAUUUCAUUCCUUUGUAAAAUACCAUGUAAUAUGUACAUAUUUAACUAAAGAGAUUGAUAAUCGUAAUUAUUUUACUGUAAAGAUUUUAACUAAAGUUUCUCCUUUUCUCUCAAA